UACAGGUUGGGUAUGGUGAUGUAUGUCUUUAAUCUCAGCACUUGCGGGGCAGAGCCAGGUAGAUCUCUGCAAGGCCAGUGGUCUACAUGGUGAGAACCUGUCUCAAAACAACCAGUGUCCCCCACCCCCAGGGGAAAAACAAAGGCUCACAAAAUAGGACGUGUGUGGGCUGGGAAUGUAGCUUAGUGGUGGACUGCUUACCUAGCAUGCAUAUGGUGCUGGGUUCAUUCCUUAGCACUGCAAAAUAGGGCAUGGUUAGCAUUUACCUAAAAUGCUUGAUUAUAGACUAAAAAAAAAAAAUCCACUCCCAUUUAUUCAGAGUGGCAUAUACUAUGCAAUAAAUAUUUUUGUAUAAACUUCAUACAUUGUUGAAUUAGGAACCAUGUUAAUAAUCUAAGCAUAAAUUUAUUGUUAUAAGAAAGGUACAUGUGUCCUUUUGGCCGUGGCAGCCAUCUUCCAGUAACUCGCCAAAAUGACGAACACAAAGGGAAAGAGGAGGGGGACCCGCUAUAUGUUCUCCAGGCCUUUUAGGAAACAUGGAGUUGUUCCUUUGGCUACUUACAUGCGAAUCUACAAGAAAGGUGGUAUUGUAGACAUCAAGGGAAUGGGCACUGUUCAAAAAGGAAUGCCUCAUAAGUGUUACCAUGGCAAAACUGGAAGAGUCUACAGUGUCACCCAGCAUUCCGUGGGCAUCAUUGUAAACAAGCAAGUUAAGGGUAAGAUUCUUGCCAAGAGAAUUAAUGUGUGGAUUGAGCACAUCAAGCACUCUAAGAGCCGAGACAGCUUCCUGAAGCGGGUGAAGGAGAACGACCAGAAGAAAAAGGAAGCCAAGGAGAAGGGCACCUGGGUUCAGCUGAAGCACCAGCCCGCCCCACCCAGAGCAGCACACUUUGUGAGGACUAACGGGAAGGAGCCUGAGCUGCUGGAGCCCAUUCCAUAUGAAUUCAUGGCCUAAUGUACAAAAAAAAGGAAAUAAAAGACCUGGACUGUAAAGGGCUUUUCUUAAAAAAAAAAGAAAGAAAGAAAGGUACAUGUUCAUGUGAUAAGGAAACUUGCAUCAUUCUAGGGGACUUUUCUUUCUUUUUUUCAGAGCUGAGGACCGAACCCAGGGCCUUGUACUUGCUAGGCAAGCGCUCUACCACUAAGCUAAAUCCCCAACCCUCUAGGGGACUUUUCAAAUGUUUCUUUUUGGUUUUGAUUACCACAUCUUUCAUUAUCAUUACCACACUAUAAAUACACAAUUGAAAGAGCUGUGAUGACCUCAUGAAGCAUGGUUCUGAGCACAGAAUCUAGGCUGUAAUAGUGCUUUUAAGGAGCUGGAACUUAGCUCAUAGGCAAAUGCAGGGAAAAAGAAAGGUUAGUUUUGUUUAUCAGUCACACAACCAAGUGAAAGAAUAAGCAUUUCUUUGAAAACAAAUUAUAUGAAAUGCUACUUUUUUCUCAGGGAAUACUAUAGACUGUAUUAGAUAAAACUAUUUUUUCACAAACUUCCUACAAUCUUUUUAUUAAUUGACACUGAGGGAAUGUAGCACCUUUCAUUCAAAGAAUUGGAGGUGCUUUACAAACAUUAGCAUUUAAAAAACAAUGACAUUUAGAAAUUGGAAUUCUUGCAGUUAAAUCUCAACUCUGUAUACAAUUUUCUGGAGGCUGACAAGAAGUGAUUCUACUUCUGACAAUGGCAGGGUUUCACAGUACAGGCAUUUUCCCAACACCUGGAGCUGGGUUUACAGAGCAAAUACAUACAGAUCUUAAAUGCAAUGAACAUUUUGAACCUUCUUUCAAAAGCAAAACUCAGUGUUUAAGAUGUCAAAAUCUUCUGACAGUUCUAGACAUCCAGAUGGAACAGGAGCUGAUACAGGUUGCAUAUUAGAUGUAGUCUUGAUCGAGGCUUUUUAAGAUCAUGCCCAAGUGAACAUAUUUAAAGAAGUGAGAUUCUUCAAGGAGAAGCAAUGAUCUAUGGAAAGCUAGCCAAAAGUCUAUCAGCCAAAUGAAGAAAGGGAGGAAAUGGCAAUUAAAAGUAGAUCAUUCUCACUGGAGUCUAGGACACUUUAUUAGAAACCAAGUAUAUCAUAGGCAAAUAAAAAUAGUUCUUAGCCCAAUUGAUACAACAUAGGGGAUUUUACAUUCAGCCUAGAUACAGGGAGUAGCAGAUUCCCUCGCCUACGGAUCUCUGGCUUGCAAGUAUCUCCCACCACACGAUUACUCUGUAUAAUACAUAGCCCUUGUUUGGUAGAGGGAUCCAAAUAUUCUUUUUUAGGCUUGCAAGAUCCAAUACAUUCACACUCUCUUUCCUUCACAAGUCUAAUAGUAAAAACUACUUUUUCCAUGCCUCAAAGUCAUUAUUCAGCUGAAGAAAAGUCAGGCAAAACAGAGAUGGCAGUUAAGGGAUGGACAGAAUAUUAUUGGCACAUGCCCAGCUAGUGACAGACAAAAGCAGUACACCAUGACUUGAAAAUAAGUCACAUUAAAGGAGAAUGAAAAUAACCACAUCAACCUAAGCUAAGGAGUGUAAAGUAGAGAGGGAACUGAGAGUUACCAAUUUUACUGGUACAACUUGAAAGCAAUGCAGGGCAAGCACUUAAAUACAAUUUAUGGUAAAACAAACAAAAUACUGCAGAGAGCUGUUCAAAAACCACACUAAGUUUUCUGCAUCAUUAAUUCCAGUGUUUCACAACUAAUAAAAUACAUAGCUACAUAUUCCUGUGAGAUAAAAAUACCUUUCCACCUGAAUUACACUGGGGUUAGGACAGUAACACAAAGCUACUGACCCACCGUUAGUUCAAGUGUGUGCAGCAAAUGUCUCAGUCACUUCUUUCACAGAGCUACACAAUUAAAAACUGUACAAGGAGCUGGGUGGUUGGGGAUAAAUAAAAUCAAAAUAUUGUGCUCAUUCAGUACAAGAAACCCUGAUGAAAGAUUAUUUGCCAAGAAGCUUAGACUAUUAAGAUUUUUAUUGCAUUUUUAGGUAACCUGGAAGUUCUUAUCCUGAAGGGGAAAAGUUGUUCCUUAAAACUACCUGACCAGAUGCUAAAGUGCUUUAUCAAUUGCUUCACAAGGAUCUCCUGGGAUGACAAAAAUUAUCACCGUAAAGGGAUACCAACAAUUUCACAAGAUGGUACAUCCCCAAAUCAUCUAUGACAACAGUCAUAAGAGACAAUGAUAUAUUUGUCCUUACUAAGUGGACAAUUACAUAUCAAGAACUGAUUAUCACAACCCUUUAGAUAGUCAAAUUACACAUACAAAGCUGAAAUAUGGUAUAACAGACUUUCACAAGAGAAUGGUCUGGUUUUUUCCACACUUUAAAUAAUCUGCUUCAGAUUACAGUUCACAAACACAAGGGUUCUGAUUUUUCAGCCUUUAAAGUUGCAGUUAAAAACUGAAUAGUUUGUAAAAGUUAAGGUCAAGGGUUACAGUGAGAGAAUGCUUGUUAUUGAAAAGUACACGUUUACUUGAUGAUACUCAUGACAGUGUAAACUGGAUUGAGCAUUCUACUCAACUGGUAUCAAAUCAACAUCAGUACUACAAGUAUUAAAUGUUUUUCUACUACUGUAGAGGAUAGAAAUCAAAACAUUAAUAUGGCAGUUAUGUUCUCUAGGCACAAUUUAGUGAUACUUUAAAAAAAUAAAUAUUGAAUUUCAAUCAAAAUUUUAGACUCAAUAACCAAAGGGUCAAAAACUCUUAGGAAAACAAGAAAAAAAAAGAAAAGAAAAGAAAAAGAAAGAAAGGAAAAGUAACUUUCAGCUAACAAUGUAAGUUGUCUAAAAUUUCUAACACUUAACCUAUCUGGUUUUAAGAUUACUUUAUUAAAAAAUACAAGAAAUCUGAAAAAAGAUCAGUACAAUUAUCUUAAUGUACAAAGUCAUAAGCUGUAGCAGUUUUUAACUAAAAUUUAAAAACACAACAAGGAGGGCAGCCCUUUAGACCAAUUUAUUUUACACCCUUUUAAAACAUCAAAUCAUCAUCCAACAAAGGACAGUGAAGUUUACAGCUGGGACAAGGGUACAUGACUCAGGCAUCUGCAGUCCAUCCUGCCCACUGGACAACUUUGCUGCUGAAAUUUCUUAAACCCUACCAAACAAAAACAGAAGGCUGGCUGAUACAAAUGAGGAGGAUUUCCAUGUAAUUGUCAAUUGGCUGUUUAAAAGAGGAAAUGCUUCCUGUUUCCCCAGAACAGCUAAUAAGCAAGAGCUACAUGCAGCAAUGUGAGUAUUAAGACAUUUCUUGAGUCUUCUCAAACAAGUCCAAGGUGGGGAUGGGAUGAAUGACAAAACUGAUAGAAAAACACUGCUAUUGACAUCAUAACAAACAAUAAAUUUAGAUAAUUUAAAGUUAAAAAAAAAAGGCAAGAGGCAGCAUUUCAGCAGCAAAGUGCUCAAUAAAAAG